AUGAAACUUGUGCUUGCUUGUCUCCUACUCGCAGCGACGGCCGUCCAGGACGGCCACGGCAGAUAUGCUCGCCGCCUGCCCGCUUCCGUGGGCAGUGGAGCGCGGGCGGUCAGGCCGAUACACUACGUGAAGAUGGACAACGAGAAAGACGAGGAGACGCGCAUCAUCAGCGGCAGCGACGCCAGCCUGGGCCAGUUCCCGUGGCAGGCCGCCGUGCGGCUGGACGGCUCCGCCUUCUGCGGCGGCUCGCUCAUCACGCACCACUGCGUGCUCACCGCGGCACACUGCGCCGACGGGGUCACGGAUUUCGCCAUAUCCCUCGGAACGCUGUCGUCCGCUCAAAACGCUGAAGGAGCUGUCACAGUGACGUCAAACCACGCCAUCGUCCACCCCGACUACUGGUCCGACGGCAGCACCACCGACAACGACGUCGCGGUCGUCCAUCUUUCCGAGAUGGUCAUGCCAAACGACGUAAUAAACGUCAUUCGGCUGCCGUCUGCAUCUCAGGUGAACGACACGUUCGCCGGCCUGACGGCGGUGCUCAGCGGCUGGGGAAAGCUGUCUGACGAAAGCGACUCAGUGAGCCCCACGCUGCAGUUCACUGAACUGACCAUCAUCGAGAACUCCGAGUGCGAGGCGGCUUUUCCGGGCGCCAUAAGCAACGACCACAUCUGCACCAAGGGGGCUACCAACGAGAGUCCUUGCAAUGGCGACAGCGGCGGCCCGCUGGUGAUCCAGGAGGCUGACGGCCAGUGGACGGAGGUGGGCGUGGUGUCGUUCGUGUCGGACGACGGCUGCUCGCUGGGCUUCCCGGCGGGCUACGCGCGCGUCACCACCUACCUCGACUGGAUCAACGAGAACGCCAUCCACGACGGCCUCCGGCAGUGA